UGCCUCACAAUUUUUAAUCAUUUAUUUCCAGAUUCUUCGAUUCAUGAAUGACAAUAAUCUGAAUGGUAAGAAGGAACGGAUUUUGGGUGAUUACAUCGUCCAGCAGGGUCUACUGAAUGAAGCGAUGAGAGACGAGAUCAUCUGCCAACUUUGCAAUCAAACGUGGAAGAACGAUAAUGAUGCUAAUAAUGAAAGAGCUUGGAUUCUUAUGGCUAAUUGUCUAAGUUGUUUCACACCAUCCAAACACCUCUACAAAUAUUUGCUCAAGUACGUGUCCGACCACGCUCAUGACGGAUACAAGGCACAUUGCCAAAGAAAACUCCUGCAGGGUCAAAAGCUUGAUCCAGAAGGUCGAAGGACUUAUCCACCUAGUCUUUUGGAAUGGAAGUCUAACACCCGCAGGACGAAUAUGGCUCUGGAAGCUAAGUUUUCCGACGGCGGCAGUAUGUACGGCCCUGUGGAGUCUCUCACCACUGGAGAAGAAUUUGCAGCCUCUUUGCUUAAAGCCAGGUGAUAUUUCACAUCUACAUGAACUACUCGAUGUCACUUAUUUGUUGCCAAAUAAUGAUUAUGUUUUGUAU